UUACUUCUCGAAUCUUGCUUCUUUCUUCUUCGGAAAUCCACCGUAUAUCAGAGACAUGUCGGGACUCCGUUGCCCAUGUCUGAUACCCCUUGCACAGAAAAUCUCGCUAUGGACCCUCCUCCCGACGAAUCCCGCAACUGGCUGGCUCUGCCCCGGGACGUGACGUCGUCGAUCCUGAUGAGACUGGAGGUAUUCGACAUCCUGACGAGCGCGCAGAUGGUGUGCUCGCAGUGGCACAACCUCUGCAAGGACCCGUCGAUGUAGCGCGCCGUCCACAUGCGCAAGCCCUUCACCUUCUGGGAUUUCCAGUGCAGGGAGUUCCCGUACGACCUCGAGAGGAUGUGCCGCCACGCGGUCGAUCGCAGCUGCGGCCAGUUGGUCGAUAUCAACGUCGAGAACUUCGGCACCGACGAGCUCCUCAGGCACAUCGCUGACAGUUCAAGUCAACCCAAACGCCUUCGACUUGUAAGAUGCUACGACAUUUCAGAUGAGGGAUUGAGCGAAGUGGCUGCAAAACUUUCAUUACUAGAGGAGCUUGACAUUUCGUACUCUUUAUUGUCAAAAGAAGCUCUGGAAGCUGUGUGCCGCUGUUGCCCUCAUUUGAAAUCACUCAAAUUUAACAAUCGGUGGCAGAAGUAUAGAGCGUGUGAUGAGGAGGCACUUGUUAUUGCAGAGAACUUGCCUGAAUUGCGCCGCCUCCAGCUUUUCGGAAAUAAGCUGACUAAUGACGGCUUGCAGGCCAUCCUUGAUGGUUGUCCUCGCCUUGAAUCACUUGACCUGCACCAAUGUUUCAAUGUCACUCUGACAGGGAAUUUGGGAAGAAGAUGUGCUGAACAAAUUAAAGACUUACGGCGUCCCCAUGAUUCCACUAUUGACUAUGAAUUUGAUGCUUCUUUUGAAUUCUUCAGUGACGAUGAAGACUACUACGAUGACAAUGACUACGAAUACUUUGAAGCCUACGAUGACCCCGACUACUGAGAUUUAUACAGUUAUCAUG